CCUCUUUAGUAAUCGGGGACACGCAGCCCCUCCCGGCCCCAAGACCCCAGGCCGCUCCGCGCUCCCGCCCCCAAGCCCCCUGCUCAGCUCUGCCUCCUCCGGAACCUGCCCUGCGCCCCGUCGGAGACAAGGACAAUGAUGUGGUCCAACUUCUUCCUGCAAGAGGAGAACCGGCGGCGGGCGGCCGCGGGCCUGCGGAGGGCGCGCGGGCAGCAGGGGGCCGAGAUGACGCCCGAGCGCGAGGGGAAGAUCAAGCUGGCCUUGCUGCUGGCCACCGUGGGCGCCACGCUGGCGGUGCUGUCCGUGGGCACCGAGUUCUGGGUGGAGCUCAACACCUACAAGGCCAACGGCAGCGCCGUCUGCGACGCCGCCCACCUGGGGCUGUGGAAGGUGUGCACCAAGCGGCUGUGGCAGGCGGACGUGCCCGCGGGCAGACAGACCUGCGGCCCCGCGGAGCUGCCCGGAGAAGCAAACUGCACCUAUUUUAAAUUCUUCACCACGGGGGAGAAUGCACGCAUCUUCCAGAGAACCACAAAGAAAGAAGUGAAUCUGGCAGCUGCGGUGAUAGCAGUGCUGAGCCUGGCAGUCAUGGCCUUGGGAUGCCUCUCUGUCAUCAUGGUGCUCAGCAAAGGUGCAGAGUUCCUGCUCCGAGUUGGAGCUGUCUGCUUUGGCCUCUCAGGUGAGGGUUGAGAGCCUGGAGG